AGACGCUUGGCAUUUUGUAAAUUUUAUUAACGGACAAAAAAGAAGUGACGAUAAUAAUAAUAAAAAACGUUUUGUUGUCAAUAGAAUAUAUAUAAUAAAAAUUAAUCUUUAAAAAUGUAGAAAGUUGUAUUAGUGACAAUAGAUAAUAUAUAAUUAUUAAUAAUCUGGUCAAGUAAAUAUUUUAGUUUAAAUUUUUCGUUAUAAUUUGUUAAAAUAAAAAAAAUAAAAAAAAAAAAACCAUUAAAACGUUAUGGAUGAAGAAGAACGUAGAAGACGCGCCGUGGAAGCAGGAAAAGAAAUGCUUGAAAAAUUUAAAGCUGAACGAUUAGCACGAACAUCACAAGCAUCUGACGAUGAUUCCUUUCGAAAUAGUUUACCAAGACAAUAUUUAGGACCCGAAGGUGCCAGUGCAAAUGAAAGUGUCUUUUCUCGCGAUGUAACAUAUAGCAGUGUAAGUAUGAGUGAAGGCGAGGGAGAAGGAGAAUUGGAAGUAAUGGCUGGUAGAGUAGCAGAAUUAGAGGAAUUAGUACAGGGAAAAGAGGCUGUUGUGGAAGCAUUAACAGCAGAAAUAGAACAUCUUCGUGGUGAUAAUUCCUCACCAAAUUCAUCUCACAACAGUAGCCAUACUAGUAGUAUUCAAAAUAAUUCAAACAUCAUAGCCAUUUAUCAUUCUAAACUUCAAGAGUUUGAAUUAGCCGUUCAGCAACGUGAUAAACUUAUUGAAGAUUUAACCUCGUCUUUAGUGCAAGCCUUGGGUGCUCGUGAUAAUUUAGUUGAACAGUUAAAUGCUCUCAAUGCUGUACAGUUAGAAAAUCCAAAUGUCGAGAAACUCACACAAGAAAAGAUUAGUGCCUUAGAGUCGAAUGUCGGCGAACAAAAAAAUGUGAUUAAUGAUCUUAAGGAAAAAAUCAAAAAUUCUUACGAGAGGAUACAAAAAUUAGAGAUGGAGAAAGAAUUACAAAAUUCCGAAAUUGGAGAUUAUAAAAUGCAAAUUAAUAAUCUUAAUAAAGAAAUUCGCGCUGGCGUUGAAACAAUAGAACAACAAAAAUUAGCCGAAGCUCGAGUUGAAAAAGUAAAAAAAGAAAUGCAGGUCCUUAUGGAAAAAUUCACAGCUGAAAUUAAUGCAAAUGCUUUGGAACAUCAAAAAGAACUUGCGGAAUUGGAAAAGAAGUACGAUCAUGAAUUGGAAUCAAUUAAGGAAACAUACGAGAAGAAUAUACAGAAAAUAAGAGAUGAAAAAAUAAAACAGGAAAAUGUUCAUUCAAAAGAAUUGGCAGUUUUUCAGGCACAGGUGGUGAAUUAUAAAAAAACUGUUGAGGCAUUAAGACUUGAGCUAAUGAAUCGCAGUGAAUUACAAUCAUCACGAACAAAUUCAAGUUUACAACGUUCAAAAGUCGAUGAUCUUGGGGAUGAUUUAUUAAAUGAACAAAUACGUUUACAUAAAAUUCAAUUAGACGAUAUGACUGCUAAAUAUAUGGCAGCGGCAAGUGUUCUUGAAUCAAAAGAAAGUAUUGAACGUUCAUUGGAGCAAGCUCUAUCCGAUGUUGCCGCUUUGAAGCAAGAGAACGAAAUUCUUAAAUUUAAAAUGGAUGAUCUUACAGCUCGUUAUGCGGCCGCUCAAUCUCUUCUUGAAAAUAAUCAAAUGCACGAGAGAUCGCUUAAUACAAAAAUUUACGAUUUAGAAAAAACUCUAUCGCGUAUCAGUGGAAUUAGUACAAAUUCAUCGCCAUUUGACGCGACUGUUUAUCAAAAUCUCGAUGAUUUUGCAACUCAAUAUCAACAUCAUCUUCUUGAGCUUGAGGAAAAAUCACAUUUAGAAAUGAAACUUCAAAGUCGUAUUCAAGAUCUCGAGAAAAAUAUUCGUGAAGCAAAUGAUGAAUUAGAACAAGCUAAUAAUAUGAAACGUUCAUAUGAAAAACAAUUAAAGGAAAUGAAAAAUACAUGUGAUAAAUUAAUUCAAGAUGCAUCGAGAAAUGAAAAAAAUGAUGAAAUUGAAAAUUUAAAGAAAAUUCUCCACGAAAAAGAAAAUGAAAAUAAUGAAUAUAAAAAUAAAUUCCAAGAGAUUAAUGAACGUGCAAAAAAAGUUGAAAUUGAAAGGGAAAAAUUGAAAAAUGGUUUAGCUGCCGCUUGGGCAGAAUGUGCUGAAUAUAAACGAUUAAAUCAAACACUAAUGGGUGAAAGUAGAAUUGAUGAUUCAAUGAUUUCUGAAAAAAGUCACAUUAUUGAGGAAUCAAAUAAUAAUUUGGAUUUAACAAAUUUGGAACAAUCAGGAAAUAAAAGUUCAACUAACGAUAGUACAAAAACAAUUGCCAAUAUUUCAAAUAAUGAAUUCAUGAAAUUACAAGAGGAUUUCGAAUUUAUCACCAAAGAAAAUGAACGUCUUGUAAAUGAAAUAAAAGAAGUGACAGUAAAAUUGAAGAAUUAUCAAGAAAUGGAGAAAAUAAUUGACAAAUAUAAGGAACAAUUUGAAAAAUUAAGAAACGAAAAUGAAAAAUUAUUAAAUCAAAUUACUGAAUUGAAAGAUGAAGCUGAAAGUAUUGAUUCAUUGAAACAAUGUAUCGAUCGUCUUAAUAAAGAAAAUGAAAAAUUUGUACAACGUAUUGAUGAGAUUUGCGCGAAACAUAAGGGAGAAAUUAAUGAAACCGAAAAGAGACAUCAGGAUGAAAUGGAAGAGUUGAGAACUUAUUUUGAACAAAAAUGCCUUCAAAUGGAGAAACAAUAUUCAGAAGAGAUUUUUAGUCAACAAUCAAAGAAAAUGUCGGAUGAUAGUGAAAUUGAAGAAUUAACGGAAGAUUUAUAUUAUGGCGGUGGUGGUGAUUGUGGUGCGAAUGUGACAAAUUUUGAUAGUCACUCAAAAAUUGAGACUUCUUUAACAAAUGGUGAACAGACUACUACUAUUGCUGAAUAUAAGGCAAAAAUUGAAUCACUACAAGAAACAUUGAGAAAUAUUAAAGAAAAUGGAUCUCGUACUUCUCUUCUUAAGGCUGUUAAUCAGUGUUGUCAAACUGAUUUGGACGAAACAGCGUUGGAAAAUAGUGAGUUGACGAAAUUACGAGCCGCUUAUAAUCAUCAACUUGAAGAACAAGUGGCACUUGCUCGGCUCGAUAUUGUCAAUGCACUUCAGGACCAGAUUCAGACUUUACUCACAAUUGAUGCGGACGUCGAAGAAAAUUGGCCAUUAGAAUUGUUAGAAUUACGAAAUAAAUUCACAAGUAAUGCUAAACGCGAGAUUCAGGAAUUGAAGGAUAAACACGAUUUGGAAUUAAAACGUUUAAAAGAGGAACAUAAUUCUAAUUUGAAUAUUGCAAAUCGUUCACUUAAACGAUAUGAAGAAGAAAUGAAGAAAAUUAAAGAACAAUAUAAUCAAGCGAUUCAAUCCUCAAAUUCGGAAGGAGAAAAAUCUUCCUUAAGGAACAAUUUACUCAACGAGCGAGACAAUUUAUUAAAAACUUGCAGAACAUUAAAAAAUGUAAUUGGAGAUUUAAUAAAUUACUUUACAAUUUGUGAGGACGAAGUGAAUAAAUCGUUUAUUAAUGAAUUUGUCGACAGAAGAACACCAAAGAAAUUAAAUUCACCAAUUGUCGAUUGUUCUUUAUCUUCGCCUAAUGAAAAUCGAACACAAAAGGAAAGUACACAGCAAAUAAAACGCGUUCAUUUUGCUCCUCCAAAUACCGGUGAAAUUGCCACAAUUGUCAAUAGUGAUAAUGAGAGUAUUUCGGAAAUAAUUGAAAAGGAUUUAGAUAUUGCAAAAAAUUUCCGACGUGAAUUAAAUGAUUGUCUAACACGUUUAAAAGUUGAAAUUGCACAAAUUCUUGAUAUUUCAUUUACACCCGAUGAAUUAAAAGCCGAUCAACUUUCGAAAAAAUUAUUAUUAAUGACAAAAAACAAUGAGGAAUUGAAUGAAAAACUUUUAGAUGCUGAGAAUAUGCUUGUUGGAUAUCAAGAGGAAAUGGAACAAUUAAAAAUGAAAAUUCAUAAUAUACAAAAAUCAAUGAUUGAAAAUAAACAAGAAAUUAUUUCCGAAGGAUAUGGUGAACAAGAUCAAACAUGUGAGGAUGAAUUGCAAGAUAUUUCGCAGCUUCAAGAUCGAGCGAGAUCUGUAAUUAUGAAUGGUAGUGCUGAUAGCAGUUAUCUUUUGCAAUUAGUCGAGGAAUUGUGUAGACACAACGACAAAAUUGCUGAUGAUUCAAAAAAGGAUAAAGACGAUCUACAAAAUCAGCAGGUGUCAUUAGAACCCAAUCCUCCCUCAUACAUUCACAGGGUUUGCUGUCGAAAGAUAACCGCUGCCGAUAAACAACUGAGGGCAAUGAAAAAAUUCCUUGAAGAACAAACCAGCGAGCGGGAAACUGAAAUUGAUGAGGCAACAAAGAAAAUUGAAUAUUUGGAAAAUCAGCUGAGAGAUUUGGAAAGGACCAAAGAAAGAGAUCAGCGAAUGACAUCUGAGUCUUCACUAUCGCCUGUACCGUCGACAGAAUCCCUUGUACUUCGAACAACUGACACCCGAACAGAUGUGGAGGCAUUGGAAACACAAAUGCGGGAAAUGUCAUCAAUGAUGUCGGACACUGAGGCGAAAAAAUCAGAAGCCGAAAGUGAAUUAAAGGCGGCAGUUGAUAAAAUUUGGGUUUUGCGUGACAUCAUAACUGAUCUCGAGCAACAAAUGCAGGCGAAACUUGAACAAGAGGAUGUGCUUUUAAAUCGAAUCGAUCAAUUGGAAAAAUUGAUAUCGGCACAAAAUCGUAAUCAACAGGAACUUGCGCUUGAAUUGGAGUCCAUUAAAUCGGGAAGUGAGAAUCUUCAGUUGAACGAGCACAUCAGUCAUCUUCAGGAGGAAUUGAGAAAGCAUAAAGUCAGUUCAGAGCAUUUUAAUUCAAAUUCUUCGACAUUGAAACAAAUUCGAAUGGAAAUUCGUGAAAUGCACAGUCAUGUGGAUAAACGAAUCAAAGAAUUGGAAGCACUACAUGUUUGUGGUUCAAGUCUCAGUAUCAGUCAACCAAGUGAAGAUGUUUCAAUUCGUGAUCAAAUUGAAGCAGCACGUUGUCCAACACCUGACGAUCCAAAUGCACCGCCCACACUUCCUCUCGAUCAGGUGUUAAAAUUAAAGGACAAAUUAAUGAAACACUCGAGAGCUGAGGAAGUGGCAUUGAAAAGAAUCAAAGAUUUGAAUAUUCAGCUAACAACAUUAAAAAAUCAAAACGAAGAACUUAUAGCCGAACAAGAGAUUUUACAGCAAACAGCUUCUGAACAAUUGUUUCAAAUGGAGGCAAUGCGAGGUAGACUUGAGCAACAUAAACAAGACGCUCCAUUUGCUCAGAGGCAAGCAACCUCACGAUUGGAACUUCAGUUACACGAGGUUAAUACCAAAUUACAUUCAUUCGAACGAAUGAUCGCCGACAAGGAUUUAGAAUUAAAAGAGCAACGUGAUCAUCUCGAGAGAACAAAUCAAUUAUUAAUGGACAAGGAAACGGAAAUUGCAAAUAUUGUUCAGUCGGAAAGUAAUGUCAUUCAAAAAUUGAAAGAUCGUUUAGAAAUCAUUGAAGAGGAGAAGAAGCAUUUUGAAUCGAAACUCGGUAAACAGGAACGUGUUCAAAUGGAAAUUCCCCAACUUCUUGAUACAAUGCUCGCCGAUAAGAAUGAAGAAAUCGAUCAUCUUAAAGAACAAUUGCAAAAGAAAGAAAAACAACUUGAAUAUUAUCUUGCUCUUGAUUUAGAUGAAAUGAAAGAAAAACAACAGGAGACAAAAAAUAGCGCUCGAACACUCAGCGAUAUUUUAUCAAUUAAUUCUGAAUGUGAAGAAUUACAAAAUUCUGGUUUUCCCUAUCAGGAAACUGAUGGAAUUCGUGAAAUUCAACAUUCAACUAGAAAUACACAUAACAUUUCAUCGUUUCGUGUUCCAAUGCCAGGAAUUUCGAAAAAUACUCUCGAAUUCACACCAACUACAAUUGAUGUUAAUAAAACUAUUUUUGUCCCCGAAUUGGAUUUGGGUAAUUCACAAUCAAGUUUUUCCAAUCCAAAAGAUUUAAUUGACACUCAACUUGAACGAAGUGAAGUCGAUUCUAUAUCUCUUGAUAAAACUCAAGAGAAAAGUAAAUCAAAAAUUUCACCUAAACAAAGAAGAAGCAAAUCAUCAUCUUCAUCUGAUGAAUUAUUACGACAACAAAUUCAAGUACUCGACACUCAAUUGAAUGCAAUUAAGGAUGAAUUGAGUUUAAAAUCGUCAACAUUACGACAACGUGAAGCUGAAUUAGUAACACUUCAAGGAAAUCUUGAGAAACUACGUUACGAAUUAAGAGAAACAAUUGAAUCUCUAACGCGUGAUAAACUUCUUUUUAAGAGUCAAUUUGAAAUGAGUCAAGUGGCUGAAAGUAAAUUGAAAAAAGAUUUGGAACAAGUGGAGAAUACAAUGAAAUUGAAAAUUGAAGAAUUGGACGAUUAUAAGAGUAAAAUUCAGGUGAAUGAGAAAAUUCUCAUGGAAUUGAAAAAUGAGAAUUCAAAAUUAAAAAAGAAUAUCGAAAUUAUUGAAAGGAAUAAAAAUAAUGAUGGUACAUUGGAGGAGAAAUGUCAAGAAGUGAAAUAUCUUUCAGAACUUAUUUUCCAAAAAGAUGUGACAAUUGAAACACUUGAAACUCGAAAUAUUGAAAUUGAAAAUGAAAAUAAACAACUCUAUGAAUACAGAACGAAAUAUGAAUUAUUUAAAGAAGAAAUAGCAAGUUGUCAAAUGGAAAUACAACGUUUGACACAGGGUUUAAAUAAUCGUGAUGAUAUUAUUCGAAGAUUAGAGGAAAUGGCUAGAAGAAAUAGUUUUUCUGGUGCUUCUUCGCCAAGUGAUAGUAAUAAAAAUAAUCAAGAGUACAAUAAUAAAAGUCAAGAGAUUCAUCAUUUGCAGGAGUACCUCAAAGAAAAGGACAAGGUCAUUAGGCAAAUGAAUGAUGAUAGUAAAAGUUUACAUCGUGCCUUGGAAACAAUUCAAAAUAAAAUGAAAGAAUCAGGAAAUGUUGUUGAAUUGAGGAGAAAAUUAAAAGACGAGAAAAAAAUGAAUGGACAAUUGAAAGAAUCCCUCGAUAAGGCAUUAAAUGAACUCGAUCGAUUGAAAGAAGAGGGAAUUCAAUUGGAAGAAGAAGGAAUUGAAGAUAUGGUCCAUAGGGAAUUGAAUCUCUCGGCUCAAUUGGAUAAACAAAUAAUGGAUGCCAUUGAAAGUGAACCAGAAGAAGGAGCAGCGAUUCGACGAAUGGAGAAACAUUCCUGUAAUUCAUUGAAUAUUAAACCAGCCGCUUAUAGACAACAGGAAAAAUUAAUGGAAAAAUUGAAUGAAAUGAAAUUGAAAUUAACGCAAAGCAAUAAAGAAAAAGAAGAAAUCUAUCGAUUAAAGGAUGAUUUAGAAAUCGAGAGAGAAAUGCUAAGAUCACAAGUUGAAGAGUAUGAGAAUCGAAUUCUACAAAUUAAAUCCGAAUUAAUGGAGGAGAGAAAAAAAGUCACGAAUUUAGAUGAAGAAAUUUUGCGUCAAAGAAAUAUUAUUAAAACACUAAAUGUUCGUAUUGAGAAAGAACAUAAAAAUUUUGAUAUCUCACAAGAACAGGACGCGGAACUUUUAUCGGCACUAAGGCAAAAACUCACAGCAUCAGUGAAAAAUGAAUCAAAAUUACGUGAAGAAUUAAAUCAAACACGACAAUUGAUGAAAAAUUUGGAAAUUCAAAUCAAUUCGAUUAAUCGCGAAGAAAAAGUGCAAACUAAUAAUGAACAAACAAUUCCAUCUGAUUUAUUAAAACAAGAACAAGAAAAAUAUUUGGAAUUAUCGGAGAAAUUUGAAAAUUUACAAACUGAGAAUGAUGAAUUGAGGGAUAAUUUGAAAUUAAUAGAACGGGAAAAAAAGAGAUGUGAAGAACAAUUAGAGAUUGCAAUUGAAAAGCAAGAGAAUUUUACGAGUAAAUUAGAUUUAAUUGAAUGUGAAAAGGAAAAUUUAAAUACCGAUCUCAAGAGAUUGAAAGCUGAAUUAAAAAUGAAAAAAGAGGAAUUUGAAUUUUUACAGAAAAAAUUGAAAACAAUGACUGACGCUGAAGCUAAACGACAACAACAUAAGAGCAAUGAACAUGGUGAAUUAAAGAAAUUAAGACGUGAUUUGGAGAGUAAUAAAUCUGUUUUAAAAGAUUUGGAAACAGAUUUAGAGCAUUCAAAGACUGAAUUACGUUUUGCAAAAGAUAAAGAAUCAAGAUUAAAGGAAGUGAUUUCCGAUUUACAAAAUGAAAUUCAAACAAAUCAAAGAAUACAAGUCGAACUCUCUGAAAGUCUCAAGAGAGAGAGAAUCACUAGUGAGAAAAAUGUGCCAUCCAAAUUUAUCGAAAUGAUAAAAGAAUUAAAUGAUAAUUUGGAAAGAGUUAAUCGUGAUAAGUCUGUACUCUUGGAAAAAUUGAAUAGAGUCAGAGAGGAGAGAGAGAAUUUUGCCCUUCGUGUAAGAACUCUUGAAACACAAUUAACACAAAAGAAAUCUUCACUUGGUACUUUAAAUCCACUCACUGAAGACAAGUUACAGCAUUUUUAUGGAAAAUUCCUGAGAACGGACAGUAGACGCAAGGCGCUUGUCUAUCAAAAACGUUAUUUACUAAAUAUAUUGACGUGUUAUCAACGAUCUGAGGAGAAUACUUUAGCGUUCCUUGCACAAUUGACGCAAACAGAAAGAACAUGCGUGAGAAAAGGUUCGAAUCGAAAAAAUUUCAAAAGUUAUUUUAGAAGUGUUGUCCUGGUUGUUAUCACCGUUCAUCGAAUAAAAUGGCUAAUUACAAGAUGGCGAAGUGGCAGAAGAAUUGGAGCAAAAGCAAUAUUAUCAAAUGGUGAUCAAUCUUUUGUUCCACUUCCAACGUCAGCGUCAAAUCAUUCGCCACCGGUUCGAGAUUUUCAAAAUGCAAAUGUUGCAAUCGUGGACUGUGAUUAAAACAAAAAGCAUGAUGUUGAUAAAACCUCGAUGGCGACCAGAAUUCCAAUUUCGAUGAAUACCUGCAGCGCUUUUUAAAAACUUACAAUAUGAAUUUAAAAAAAGACAUUGAUGCAGAUCAUUCAGAUUAGAGAGAAAAAUAAUUCAUUAUUAAGAAUACUCUUUUUUUUAAAUAAUUAUUUAAUAUUAUUUUAAUUUAAUAUUUAAUUCCAAUUUUAUUUCAAAUUGAUAUUAUGAAAACAAGAAAUUAUUUUAUACUAAUUGUUAAAAAUUUAUAGUCACAUAAACACACUCAUUUUUAAUUUUUAAUUUAUAGGAAUUAUAUAUUUUUUAAUUUGGUGAACAAAAGAAAAAGUACUAGUUAAUGAAAUUAACACUUUUUACAAAAGAAUUUAGUCACUAUACGAUAAAUGCUGUUUAGUUUUUAAUAAUAAGCAAGUCAAUGUUAUUCCACUUUGCACGUUGUAAGAUAUUGUGAUUUACCAUUAAUUAUAAGAAUUUUUUUAUACUCUUAAUUAUUAUAUUUAUAUAGGAAGAUGAAGAUAGGUGCUCAGAUAUUUUUAGAAAAAUGUUAAUGUGCCGAUUGUUCAACACUAGCUAAAUGGGCUCUUCCUUUUACCGAAAUUUACCAAAGCAUGUUGAUCAGAAAUGUAUGUUUUUUAUAUUGUAAAUAAAGUGUUAACGAAUGACCUGA